AUGCUUGGACACAUAGCAGAGAAAAUCCAGUCGACCUCGCCGCGCGUCCUCUCUAGCUGGAGGAGAUCGAGCCGUAGCGCUGCCCCCGUCCAGUCGCGUCCUCUCGCUGUGCACGGCAAGCGCCGCCCAUUCUCUCUCGAAGCGAUCAAAGCCAUCUUCGUCGUUGCGUCCAGGAGCAUCCGGCGAUACUGUAUCCCGCGAAACGAUGUUAUCCAGUUCACGCUUAACUGGACUAUGCUUGUCGGGACUUGCCUCACGGGCUUCGUCUUCUUCGCUUUGCACAUGACUGUAAAGCCAACGCAGUUUGUGGCGCCAAUGGACAUGGACCCUUCACUGUUCCAGCCGGAUGUAAAUCUCACUGCAGAGGUUGUUUCUGUCGAUCCGGUGUCGAGGACGAUUAUCAUGAACUGGUACCCUGAGCUGGUGGACCAGUCGUGUAACAUCAGCGACCCAAUCAUAGUUGAUAUAUUCAUACCGAAGGUGCUCCUUGACGCCACCAGCCCUUCGUUUUCGACCGACACGGACGAUAACGCGGUGAUUCGUAUGAAUAACACGGCGCUGUGCUUUGCUCUCGACCAGAACUAUAUAUCGUUCCGCACGGUCACUAAGCUCGUCGCGUCGAAAGAGUUCCUUGUCGCAGAAUCGAUCGGCACACAGAGGACGUUCCAGAGCUACCCAUUUGACGUUUAUGUUGCACCAUUUACAUUUUACUCAGAGAACUUGGCAACACCUGGAGUCACCAAACCCCUACGCGUGAGCCAAUCAUUCGGUAUAGCCGUGAACUUUGAAAUAUCUCUUAUUAGAUAUUUCGUCGCCAUGCCAUAUAUCCACACUGAACAAAACCUUCAAUUUUAUCUCAAAAUCGAAAGAUCGACGGCGACGAAGGCGUUUGUGGUUAUUGUCGCUAUAACAAAUUGGAUAACGGCUGUGACCUUCCUGACGAUUUUGGCUUCCACUCUCGUUUACCAUCCGCAUGAGAUUUAUAGUGAGCUGUUUGUGGUACCUGUAGGAGCCGUGUUUGCCUUUUCGUCGGUCAGAUCCAAUCUUCCAGGCGCUCCGGCAGGGUUUGGGGCAACCAUAGAUCUUUAUACGAUCUUACCCGUGCUCGUGAUCAUGUCCUUCUGCAGCGUCGCCUUGCUGCUCACCGUAUUAUAUCGAAGGAUAAAGGAAGAAAAGGCCAAACAUAUCAAGAUUACAGGCGACGAUGCUUCAAGUCAACCAUAA